AUGUUGCCCUUGACCGAAGAGGAAAUGGCCCUAAAAUGGGUGUUUCAACAAGACAACAACCCCAAAUACACAAGCAAGAGGGCAAAAUCUUGGUUCCAGACAAAAAGGAUUGAGGUUAUUAUGGAGUGUCCAGCUCAAUCCCCUGAUCUCUACCCCAUUGAAAACUUGUGGGGUGACAAUAAAAAUGCAGUUUUUGACAUGUUCAUCAUGAGAGAUCAGAUGGAUGUGAUGUGCUGUAAAUCAGAUGUAUCUGGUGUCUCUCUCUGUGGCUUUACUGAUCAAGCAUCUACAGAUCUUCUGGUUUCUGUCUGUAAUGAAGAUCAGAAGACAUCAGUGAAUCUGCUGGACUGUGGGAUAGAAGUGAAACAAGAAGACACAGAAGCAGACCUGAUGGAGCCAAAAGAAGAAAUCACAAAUGCAAGAGAACAAACUGAUCAAGAUCUGAAAGCGGUAAAGGAGGAAAUUUCACAACUCAAUGAAAUGGAGGAGAGACCUCAUCAUUUGAUACCCAAAGAAGAAUCUCUGAGCUGCUUGAUUACUGGGAGGAAUUUGUCACCUAAAAGGAACAACACGCAAAAGGCAACAGCCAAUGAUCCUCUUAUUUGCCCUCAGUGUGGAAAGACCUUCACAUAUAAAUAUAAACUUAAUAAGCACAUGAGAAUUCACACUGGAGAAAGACCUUACAGCUGUGAUCAGUGUGGAAGAAGUUUCAUGAUUAAAUGGAACCUUUAUGUUCACAUGAGAAUCCACACUGGAGAAAAGCCCUACAGAUGUGAUCAAUGUGAAAAAACCUUCACUCGCAAGUCUUGCCUUAAUAAGCACAUGACAAUUCACACUGGAGAAAAACCUUACAGCUGUGAUCAGUGUGGAAGAAGUUUCAUGAUUAAAUGGAACCUUUAUGUUCACAUGAGAAUCCACACUGGAGAUAAACCCUACAGAUGUGAUCAAUGUGGAAAGACCUUCAGGAAUAAAUGUCACCUUAAUGUUCACAUGAAAAUUCACACUGGAGAAAAACCUUUUAGAUGUGACCAAUGUGGAAGAACCUUCACUCGCAAACCUGACCUUAAUAAGCACAUGACGAUUCACACUGGAGAUACUGUACAGCUGUGAUCAGUGUGAAAAGACCUUUACUAGUAAAUGCAGCCUUAAUGUGAAGCCUUAAAAAUUCACACUGGAGAAAAGCCUUACAGAUGUGAUCAGUGUUGAAAGAGCUUCAUUGCUAAGUGCAAACUCAACAGGCACAUGAGAAUUCACACUAAAUAAAGGCAUUAAAAGCCCUACUAUGCCUAUUUUACAUUUGAUGAGUCACCUCCGUCGAAAAAUGAGUAAAUGAUAUUAUCCGAAUACUCUUGGCACGUAUUAUAUGUUAAUCAAAUACUUGUAGACCAUUCAGAAAUACAAGUUUGUUGGCACAAUCCAUUAAAA